UCUGGGUCCGCACCUUUUCCGGUAACACAGCACCGCCACCGCUGUGACUGAACGGCUGGAGAGAGAGAGAGAGAGGGAGGAAGAGAGCCAGAGAGCGGCCAGAGAGGGGAGAAACGGCCCGGGGACCGGGGGAUGAUCGCCGCAGACGCAGGGGGAAGAGAAGAAAGUCGGAUGAAUCAAUGACCUUUUGAGCGCUCUUGCUCUGGAUGUCCCGGUGCGCACACACACGGACUGAGAGCUCACACACAUCGGGGUGUGUUUGACACGAGAAACACGGUGCUGUGAAAUCCAUCGACUGGAGCUGGCUGAGGGCAAGUGUGGACAGCCGGCAGCCAAGGAGGAAGUGGGAACCCCGGGCUUGGACAGGGCCUGAUUUAUAGAAGGCUUUUUGUAAAAAACCCAAAACAAUAACCAAAAAGAAACUCUGUGAAUCAGAUCCAGCUCAACUGACAGGAAGUGGAUUUUUUUAACAGGGGAGGAAAGACUUGAAAUGUGGGUUUUCAAGUCUGUGCUCAUCGGCUAGUUUGAAACAAGGGGAUGUAAUUUUUCCUUCUUACAUCGGAGGGCAGUGGAUCAUGAAAACACAUCCCCACCCAAUUCUGCGAGGGCUCCACACACACUGCUCCCAUUGAACGCUCACAGUCACCCGCUCAGGUCAGAUCAUCAGCUAAUUGUAGUCCUCUGUUAUCCAACUGUACACACUUGAAAGUCACCGCCUUUUUCUGAAUAUUGACCCACCGCUGCCAUCACGUGGAGGGCUUCCAGCACGCACACUGACAUUGUAAAACUCAGUUGUAGUCAAAGCAACUGUUUUAAUUUUCUCUCAUAAGAGAAGUUGUGUUUCUCUCCUCACGAGGUAUUUAUGCAAACAAGAUGGGGAAGGUGCUGUCAAAGAUCUUUGGCAACAAGGAGAUGAGAAUACUGAUGCUUGGACUCGAUGCAGCUGGGAAAACCACCAUCCUGUACAAGCUGAAGCUGGGACAGUCCGUCACCACCAUCCCCACCGUGGGCUUUAACGUGGAGACCGUCACCUAUAAGAAUGUGAAGUUCAACGUGUGGGACGUAGGGGGGCAGGACAAGAUCCGGCCGCUCUGGAGACAUUACUACACAGGCACCCAGGGCCUCAUUUUCGUGGUGGACUGUGCCGACAGGGACAGGAUCGACGAGGCCAAGCAGGAGCUCCACCGGAUCAUCAACGACCGGGAGAUGCGGGACGCCAUCAUCCUGAUCUUCGCCAACAAACAAGACAUCCUGGAUGCCAUGAAGCCCCACGAGAUCCAGGAGAAGCUGGGCCUGACCCGGAUCAGAGAUAGGAAUUGGUACGUUCAGCCUUCGUGUGCGACAUCAGGGGAUGGACUAUACGAGGGCCUGACCUGGCUUACCUCAAACUACAAAUCUUAAUGUUUGUCCCAUCACCAGCCCAGACUGAAAGUAGCUGAGAAAAAAAAAUGCAAUCUGAAGCAAUUAAUACCCUGACCUCUCUGCUGAGUGUAUAUCAAAGAGAGUAGCAAUUAUAUUUUUCUUUUUCAAUAUAACCCCAGAUUUCAUUUAAACAAAAGACAAUUUAUUUUUUUGCUAGCUUUCUUUUUGCUUUGGUUCACAUUCUGUAUAAUCAGUUUAAAUAUACAAUAACUUUUGAGCUUUUCCUUUCUGUUUUUUAUAUAAUUUCUUUUACGGGACUUUUGGGACACACUUGUACUUUCUACUCCUGCUCGACUCUCCUUCAGUAUUCUCAUCAGCUACAUAUCCAAAGGAUGGGAGAGUCCAGACACCAUUGCCUACAUCAGCAUAUCAGUUUCAUGGCUCAAACUGCCUCUGUAAUUUGUAAGAAUGUGUAUUACGACUAUGUUAGGACCUCGAUGAAAAAAAAAAGAAGUCAUAAUUGAUUGUACUGGGAUGAUUGAGGGCAUGUGAUUUCCUGUGCAGCGAUCACAUCCAUCAUGUGGCGGCUUGUUUGAAAGACACUAUGUGGACGCUGGAUAUUCACACACACACACUGUGAUAUGGAUAUAUAUUUUUGUUGUUUCAGGGUCUGAAUCUGUUUCCACCAGUCUUAUUACUGCCGCUUUUAUUUCUCCCAGAGCUUCCAUUACUGUUGAGUAUUUGUAGUUUCAGCUGCCUUAGAAGGGACCCGGGUUACAGGUGCCCCGAAAUCCAGGCAGUAACUACGGCAGAAGGUUUUCUCAACUGCUGAGUUUGCACUUUGGGAGCAAAGGGGGGCGGUUACCAACUAGCUGGCUGUGCAACAUUUUCUGUCACUGACUUUUGGACCCCAGCAAGUGUUUACGAAAACCCCAACCCCCCACCACCAUCUCCAGUGUAGGUGCUUCAGUGACUGCAACCCUCCUUUUUUUUUAAUUUCAUGUCACCCAUCAUCAUUAAUCAGGUCCUGCAGACACACACCAACUCUCUGUUAAUAGUUCAUAGAAUCUGCUGUUUUAUUUUUGUUCCCUUUUUAUUUUGCUAUGCUGAUGAAAUAAUAAAAAAAUAUAUCCAGAUCA